AGUCUCCACAGACCGCGAGGAUGGCGGUCCCGGCGCCCCGAACCCCGCUCCUGCUGCUGUGGGGGGCCCUGGCCCUGACGGAGACCCGGGCGGGCUCCCACUCCCUGAGGUAUUUCGCCACCGCCGUGUCCCGGCCCGGCCGCGGGGAGCCCCGGUACAUCGAGGUCGCCUACGUGGACGACACGCAGUUCGUGCGGUUCGACAGCGACGCGGCGAGUCCGAGGAUGGAGCCGCGGGCGCCGUGGGCGGAGCGGGAGGGGCCGGAGAUUUGGGACGAGCAGACUCUCAGAGCCAAGGUCAACUCGCAGAAUUUCCAAGUGAACCUGCGGACCCUGCGCGGCUACUACAACCAGAGCGACGCCGGCUCUCACACCAUCCAGUGGAUGUACGGCUGCCACGUGGGGCCAGACGGUCUCCUCCUACGCGGGUAUGAACAGUUCGCCUACGACGGCGCUGACUACAUCGCCCUGAACGAGGACCUGCGCUCCUGGACCGCGGCGGACACGGCCGCUCAGAUCUCCAAGCAGAAGUUCGAGACGGCCGGUGCGGCGGAGCACCACAGGACCUACGUGGAGGGAACGUGCGUGUACUGGCUCCGCAGAUACCUGGAGCACGGGAAGGACACGCUGCUGCGCGCGGACCCCCCAAGGACACACGUGACCCACCACCCAAGCUCUGAGCGUGAGGCCACCAUGAGGUGCUGGGCCCUGGGCUUCUACCCUGGGGAGAUCACACUGACCUGGCAGCGGGAUGGGCAGGACCUGACCCAGGAUAUGGAGUUUGUGGAGACCAGGCCUGCAGGGGAUGGAACCUUCCAGAAAUGGGCAGCUGUGGUAGUGCCUCCAGGAGAGGAGCAGAGAUACACGUGCCAUGUGCAGCACGAGGGGCUGCCGGAGCCCCUCACCCUGAGAUGGGAGCCGCCUUCCCAGACCAGCGUCUCUAUGGUGGGCAUCAUUGCUGGCCUGGUUGUCCUUGGAGCUGUGCUCAUUGGAGCUGUGGUCGCUGCUGUCAUGUGGAGGAAGAAGAGCCCAGGUGGAAAAGGAGGGAGCUACGCUCAGGCUGCCUGCAGUGACAGUGCCCAGGGCUCCGAUGUGUCUCUCACAGCUUGUAAAGCAUGAGACAGCUGCCUGUGUGGGACUGAGCGAUGCAGGACUUGUUCCCGCCUCCCCUGUGUGGCGUCAGGAGCCUCUGACUUCUCUGUGUGCAAAGGCACCUGAUGACUCUGCGACCCU